AUGGCAGCAAUCAACCCUGCGGUUGUGCUUGCAGCGAGCUUGGGGGAGUCGCUUGGCGUUCCCGAUUACGCCCCUGGGCUCACGUUUGGGGAGGCCUUGCAGCAUGCGGAGAACAUGGAGGCGAGCGACCACCCGCUCAUCAAGGUCGACAAGAUCGACACAGCAGGCCAGUGCAACAUCGCCGAUCUGCCAGCGGAGUUCGCGACGGAGCGCGGGGGGAUGAUUGAAUACUUCGCGGACUACGUGGGGGACUUCGGCGGCGACAUCCCUUGGCAGACGCUUCACGACCUCGCCAAAACCUGCGACUACAAGAGCAUGCCAGAACCAUUCUCUCUGAAGAGGGAGCCCGCUGGUCAGUACUCCACGCAGCUGUUCAUCAUCAAGAAGCCCGACGGCAAGCACGACAUCCUCAAGGACGUGAGCCUCCUGUCGGCGAAGACUAGGACAGACACGUGCAUGCAGAUGUGUCGUGGCACUUGCUUAAUAUGGCGCUAUGGCAACCAGUAUAGGAUUGGCCGCCUGGCAGUCCAGUACACGCUCGAAAAGUUGGAGGGCUUCCAGCUGCGGUACCACACCGUUGUCGCGAAGCCUGGCAAGGGGCCGCCCAGGAAGACGGCCGAGCGGGAACUCAAGGCCGCAGGGUACAAGUUCAUUCGAGAGAAGGGGCCGCGGAGCAACAAUGCCAACCAAUUCAUGGAGUUCGCAGAUCGGGAGAGCGCCCGCCCAGAGAGUCCGAUCUCCGGCUGGGAGGAAAGCCGAAUCGAAAGGGCUUUGAACAACUAUGCCAGGGGCAGGGCGAAUGCUAAGGGCCUCACGAUAUGGGCCUUGACGCUCCGAGACUUCGACCCUUGGUUUCUCAACGAGGUCAUCAGGCCCACCUUGGCGCCCACCCUCAGGGGUUUCGGCGUUGCGUGGCUUGGCAAGACCCGCGUCGGGAAGAGCGCGGGGUCGAAGACCUUGGCUUUCAUGAUGAGCCGCGUGGAGAUCGAGGCAUUGGACCAAUCUGGCGAAGUCGAGAAGGGCGACCUCCUGCCGACCGUCGUGACCGCCAAACACUUCGACUUUUUCAAGGGCGAGCCUGUAAUCCGCAUCAGGCCAGCAAUCUUCGAUGAUGGCGAGUUAUCGGAGCAGUCGGUCUGCAAUAAUGCUUACGACAAAGACUUCGAGACGGAGCUCGUGUCCAAGUGGGCGGAGGGCACGUCGAAGGACGUGAGCUCUGACGACUUCAUGAAGUUGAUCAGGCCCUCGUUCUGCCAGGUAAAGGAAGACGAGGACUUGCUGGCCAUCGGUGCUCGCACUCAUUUUGUUUUGGUCACUGACAAGCGCGUGUACUUCCGCCACGCCAGCGACGGACGGGGCCGAGAGCCCUGGUGGACCUACACCAACCCCCCGACGAGCCCGACCUUUUUCAACGAGCGCUGCAAGGAGGCCUUCGGCGCAUGCAAGCAGGACCCCACUAAGCCUGUCUACCCUGCGUACUUCGAAGACGACGUCAAGUGGUCGAUGAACUACUUGAAGC